AGCGGAAGCGACGCGUUUGGCUCAACAGCCAUUGAUGCGCUUUAUUUCCAAGAGGACGCACCGGGGUUAAAUUGUGCUGUAUUUGCGGUGUUUUCUUUCUGCGGACCGCAGUCAUGGUUUCUCACUCGCUCGCGCUGCCGGUGAUCUGCUUCACCACGUUAUGGGCGCUCGUGGGCGUCGUGGCUCCGUUUCUUGUGCCCAAAGGACCCAACCGGGGUGUGAUUGUCACCAGUCUCAUCCUCACGGCGGUCUGCUGCUACUUGUUUUGGUUGGUAGCCAUCUUGGCCCAGGCCAACCCUCUGUUCGGCCCUCAGCUGAAGAACGAAACUAUAUGGUACCUGCGUUACUUCUGGGAGUAAACAAGGACCGUGUGAUGUGAUGCCUCUCAUCAUUCCUAUCCCGUGGUUUGCUGGAUUUUUAUUUGAACAUAACUCUUCACCAUCAAACAUUCACACACACACACACACACACACACACUCACAGACAAACACAAUCUGCAGACUUGAUGAACCAACUGAAGAGUUGCAGCCUUUGUAAAUAUUUACAAUGAUGUACUUGGAGUGAAGGAUUUAGAGUGUAUGUAGGACACAUGUUGUGGGUUUUAAAACAAGGAGAAUAAUUCAUUCCUGAUACAACGCACGCAGUUAACAACAGUGUUUUUUAUCACUUACUGAUUCUAAUGAUG